GUUGUGGAAUUAUUUUCGAAGUAAAAUUUCAAAAAUGAGAGGUCUGCUGGUUCUGGUCCUAACGUUGGCUCUGAUGACUGGAAGUGCCCUGGGCUCUCUAGCAUUUUGGCAGGCUUUGCUGGGAGGAGGAUCCAGCGCUGGAGCUGGAGCCAGGGCUUCUGCGAUCAGCAGCAGCGUAGGUGGUGGCUUCGGGGGCUUAGGUGGGGGCUUAGGUGGUAGCUUAGGGGGUGGCAUAGGUGGUUUGAACGGUGGUUUGAACGGUGGUUUAUCCUAUGGUGUUCCCCAAAAAUCGUUUCAAGUGGGGCUUGGCUACUCACAUUAAUUCCUCAAAUUUGUCGCCAGAAUCUCCAGCAAUUCCUUUGCGCUGUGGUUAGACAUUCUGAAAUAAAAUGUAUUUGUGUAUGAAUAUUGAAAUAUAAUAAUUACUCAAUUCAAA